AUGCGCCUUCUUGCUUCUCUUGCCCUUCUUUCCGUCGCUGUUUCAGCCUCAGAAUUCUCUCUGAGCGAGUACUACUCCACCGAUUGUUCAGAUGGUACCAAGUUUGGUGAUACCAAAACGGGCACUACUGGGUGGGGAUGCACUGAAAUCCAGGACCCCCAGUCCAAAAGAAUGAAGUUCGAAAACGCGGGGGAUUAUAUCUUCACCUAUUUUACGGAUGAUGAUUGUAGCAAGGGUGCGUGGCAGCUCAAGUCUCCCGAUGGCUGCAAGGCUUUGAAAGACCAGACGUUCUUCAGCCCCUUUACACACUAUAAAGUUUGCAAGAUUGGAGAGGGAAAAGAGUGCAGUUGA